AUGGCAGCCCUCAGCUCUCAAAAGUACUCUACCACUGAGGAGGCCGAGAUCCAGCAAUGGCUCACCACCUCGGAGCGCCUCAAGUCCGCCGACAACAAGUCUGAGAUUCUCGAAACUCUCAACGGCCAUCUGUCAAGCCGCACCACUCUUCUCGGCAGCAAGCCCAGCAAGGCUGAUGUCGCCAUCUAUGAGACUCUUGCUCCUCUUGUCGCCAAGUGGACUCCUGAGGAGCGUACCGGCGAGAAGGGUCUUCCUCACAUCGUCCGCCACAUUGACUUUGUCCAAAACGCCGCCGUCUUUGGCCUGGAUCUGAAGGAUGACCAGAAGGUCAAGGUCAACCAGGAGGAGGUCCUGUAUGUCAAACCCCCCGUUGACGCCAAGGCCGAAAAGGAACGCCUCAAGAAGGAGAAGGCUGCUGCCGCUGCUGGAGGUCAAGCUACUCUCGCCGACCGCACCAAGGAAAAGGUCAAGGAGGUCAAGGAGAAGGCCAAGGAGGUCGUUGCUGAAGCCAAGGGUACCGCCGCCGCCGCCGCUGGAGGUGACAAGCCUAAGAAGGAGAAGGCCCCCAAGGCCCCCAAGCCCCAGAAGGCUCCCGCUGCUGCCGCCCCUCUUUCUCCCUGCCUGAUUGAUCUCCGUGUCGGCCAUAUCCUCAAGGCCAUCAACCACCCCGAUGCCGACUCUCUCUUCGUUUCCACCAUUGCCAUGGGCGAUCCUGCCGGCGAGGACACCACCGAGUACGAGGGCCAGAUCUGCCGUACCGUCUGCUCCGGUCUCAACGGCCUUGUUCCCCUCGAGGAGAUGCAGGGCCGCAAGGUUGUCGUCGUGUGCAACCUUAAGCCCGUCAAGAUGCGAGGCAUCAAGUCUUCUGCCAUGGUCCUCGCCGCUUCUCCCAAGAUCAAGGAGGGCGAAGUCGACGACCACAAGGGCCCCGUCGAGCUGGUUACUCCUCCCGAGGGUGCCAAGGCUGGUGAGCGCGUCUUCUUUGAGGGAUGGAAGGGUGAGCCCGAGGGCGUUUUGAACCCCAAGAAGAAGAUUUGGGAGACUUUCCAGCCUGGUUUCACUACUACUGAUGGCCUCGAGGCUGCUUUUGACGCCAGUGCCGUUGAGGUGCUUGGCAAGACUGGCGUUGGUAAGCUGGUGACUGAGAGCGGUGGUGUUUGCACAGUCAAGUCCCUGAAGAAUGCUACCGUCAGGUAA